AUGGCUCGGCCACUUCUACCGGAGUUCCGGACAACGAGCUUGCCACGAGCAGGCUUUGCCGUUGGGAGUCUUCUUCUGUGUGCAUUUGCAUUGUUCAUGUGUGCUACUCAUUUGCGCAAAUGGCGUAAAUGGAGAUCUUGCUAUGGCUACCACGAUGAAGAUCCUGUUAUUCAACUUAACCCUGAAGGACUCAUCGGUGAGUAUCAAAUUGGAAAUAAUGACGCAAGCACGUAUAGUGGUGAAGUUUCGGUCUGGAAGAAGAACAUACUCAUGGGUGGGAAGUGUCAGCUGCCUGAUUUCUCCGGUGUCAUAAUCUACGACUCUGCCGGAAAUGUUGUUCCCCCUGCCAGAAAACUUGCUCUUCCAUGGAAGUGA